UUUUGAUCGUUCUCUUUGUUAAUUUUCCACCAUGGCCAAAACCUUAAUCCCUGUCUUUCUAAUUUUCUCCACCAUCGUCUUCUUCUCCACCACCGUCGCAGGAAAAUCUCACAAGUUCUCAGAAAAACUAUCUCCUGAGAAGCUCGGAUUCAAGCAUGAGAAGCUAACCCACCUAAACUUCUUCUUCCACGACAUCGUCACCGGCCAAAACCCGACCGCCGUCAGAGUCGCCGAGGCAGCGAUGACGAACACGUCAAAGACGUUGUUCGGAUCCGUCAUGAUAAUCGACGACCCAUUAACGGAAGGGCCUGAAAUGGAGUCGAAGCUGGUGGGAAGAGCCCAGGGAAUGUACGCAUCGGCAGGGCAAAACGAACCGGGUUUGUUGAUGGCGAUGACCUUCCAUUUCGUGGAAGGCAAGUUCAAUGGGAGUAAUCUGAGCUUUCUGGGCCGAAACUCGGUGUUCUCGGAGGUGAGGGAGUUGCCGAUUGUCGGCGGCAGCGGACUUUUUAGGUUUGCUCGUGGGUAUGCGGAGGCCCGGACUCGUACGUUGGAUAUGAAAACAGGGAACGCUGUCGUGGAAUACAACGUCUACGUCUUCCAUUACUGAUCUCCUUGGACUCUUCUUCUCUGGAAUAAGGAAGAUGACGCCAAUCACAGUCUAGUUCAAAAAAUUAUUAUUAUUAUUAUUUAACAAAAUCUGGUGUCUUGUUGUUUGUGUUAUGGGUUUGAGUUUGGAUUGUUAUGAUUUUUUUUUUGUGUGUAAGUAUGUGAUGUUUUUAAUUAAAUUGUUAUGAAAUGA